GAUGAUGAGGGUGAAGAGGAGCGCGUGAAGCCUUACUCUUUCACUCUCGUGAAGAUGGAUUUACUGUCGUAGUUUGUGUUUGUCCUGAGAAAAUCGGACGAUGGGAGACCGACAUCGGCGGACUCGAACUCUGGGAGGUCUCGCGACCAAGCCGCGGGUCUCCAAGGAGACCAAACUCCGGCUGCGCGUGAUCUUCCUGGACGACAGCGAGCGCACGUUCGAGGUGGAGCAAAAUGUUUUAGGUGGAGAUUUUUUCAACAAAGUUUGUGGACAUCUGAAGCUGCUUGAGAAGGAGUACUUUGGACUGGAGUUCAGACACCACAGUGGCCAUUAUGUUUGGUUGGAACUGCUAAAACCCUUAGUCAAACAGAUUAAAUACACCAAUGACUUAUUCUUUAGGUUUAUAGUCAAGUUCUUCCCACCGGACCCUGGGCAACUAAAGAGAGGCCUUACCAGGUAUCUUUUUGCCUUACAGAUAAAGCAGGAUUUGUCCAACAGUAGUCUGACAUGUAAUGACAACAGCGCCGCCCUGCUGGUCUCACACAUACUGCAAUCAGAAAUAGGUGAUUGUGAUGUGGAGCUGGAUUAUCAGCACCUGGAGAUGAAGCACUACGUCCCUAACCAGGAGUAUCUGGACCACAAAAUAAUCAAACUUCAUAAAAGACACAGAGGAGUCUCUCCAGCAGACUCGGACGUCCAGCUGCUGGAGGUGGCGAGGAAACUGGAUAUGUACGGCAUCCGGCCGCACGCCGCCAACGACGGGGAGGGAAUGAGGAUCAACCUGGCCGUCACACACUCUGGAGUGCUGGUCUUUCAGGGAAACACCAAAAUCAACACAUUCAGCUGGGCAAAGAUCCGCAAACUGAGCUUCAAACGCAAACAUUUCCUCAUUAAACUUUACGAUAAAGUUGGGGCAUCAUGUAAGGACACGCUGGAGUUCGCCAUGGCGAGUCGUGAUGUUUGUAAAUCCUUCUGGAAGAUGUGUGUGGAGUAUCACGCUUUCUUCAAGCUGGCAGAGGAACCGAAGCCCAUUCAUAAAACCCUGCUGUCCUGCAAAGGCUCCAGAUUCAGAUACAGUGGGAGAACCCAGAAGCAGCUGCUGGAAUGUAUGGGAUCCGGAGAAAAGAAACCAUCACGCUUUGAAAGAACCCACGGUCAGUCGGACUACGACCCCAGACAGUGUCGAUCUUCUCCGGAUCUCCUCACUGAAGUUUCCAAAGAGGUAUACGAACAGUCCCGCCCAUUUCCUCGGACCCGUCGUGCUCUGGCGGUUCACAGUAACGAUGAAAUGGACGUACGCCGGCGAGGCCUAAAUAACGCCAACCUCAGCGAGGGAGGGGCUAAACGCAGCCAAUCAUCUGGCGAGGUCAAUCAGAGGCCACACACUCUCGCUCAAGUCACCCCGCUCUCUCCGUCGCUCCACCAGUCGACUCCUUCGCCGAAGUUCAGAUCGUCGUCCAUGUCUUUAAUGGAGGAGACGAGGGCACAUCGACAAGCUCAAAGGCUAGCGGGGGUGUACGCCAACCGCUCACGACGCCGGCCCAACCCGCAGCCACACCCAGACGCUGCUCAGCAGCUGGUUCUCCUCUACCCAAACUCCCCCGCCUACCAGUACCACCCCGUUCUCCCUUCGUUUCCCUUCGUUCCGCCCUCGCCUCUAAACCGACACCACUACUUGUCCGACUAUGUCACCAUUUCCUCACUGGAGCGUUUCCCGCAUGUAGCGAGGCGAGACUAUAUGCCAAUGGACGCGGGGGUCUCGCGGCCAGCUUUCUACCCCUUUGCCCACGAUUCGCCAUCAGUAUCGCCAAUUAGGAGGAACUUUCGCCCUUGUGGAUCAGGGGGUCUUGGAUUGGCACGGGUCUACCAAACAGGAAGCAAUGGAGGGAGGCUAUUGGGUGUUGGACACACGGAGGCGGGGCAUUACAGUGACGACUCCAACUUCUUGCCAGGGUUACCUCGCCGCGUUGCCAGCCAACCGGAUGUUAAGUUUCAUCUAUCCAGGAGCGCAAACCCGGCCUUUAAUCCCGCUUCCGAGUUCAGACCCCUGGGUUACUAUCCUCACCUUACACGGCCCUCCAGACCCACUUACCUCCCGCUCAACUCUUCGCCGCUGCCUGAUCGGCCCGCCUCCAUGUGCAUGAUCGGCGGUGCCACAGGAAGCUACAGUGACUCUGAUCCAGAGGUUUUCUACCCGUACUACUGCCCACCUCAUCAUCUGGGGAAGAUGGUGGGGUCCGCCGGGUUGGCCAGGAUGAGGUUUUCCUCCGGAAGUCUUCAGCUGGAUGAGGAGGAUGAGGAGGAGGAAGAGGGUGUUGCUAAAAAAGAAUCUAAGGUUGAAGUUCAACAGGACAAGAAAGAGACCAGCGAAGGACAGAAGGCAAAAAAAGUCACGCAAGUCUCUCUCUGAAACGAGAGAAAGAUAUGAUCAAAGUCUCACCCUGCAGGUUGUAUUUUAACACACAUCAACUGUGGAUGUAGAGAAGAUACUAGCUGCGUUUCCAUUAACCAUGGAAAUGUGCAAAUUCAAGUUAUGAAAAUAAAUUUGCUUAAUGGAAACAUUCAAAUUUUAAAAAACUCACAAUUUUCAAUAAAAGGUUUUUUGCGGUAGGCUGAGGUGGUUUAAAUCAAAACACUUUUUUCACAUCACGAGUCAAAUGAUCAACAGCUUAAUGUUACUACUGGCAGAAAUGACAAAGACGACGGCAGGCAGAGUUGGGUAGUAACUAGUUACAUUUACUUGAGUAACUUUUUUGAAAAAAGUACUUUUAGGACUAUUUUUACUAUGCUGUACUGUUACUUGAGUCAUUUAAUUAUUACAUGUCUUAAAAAUUCACCAGACACAGAAACACACCUGCAGGUUUAUUAAAGUUUCAUGUUUUUUUAUUGAAAGAAACCGAUUUGGAAAAAAAAAAAAUUCCCGAUUUUCUUUUAUUACUUAAAUGAAAUAUUGUCAAUUUGGUCCUUAAUUUAUCAAAAAUUCCACUUACCUGUAUAUUUUAGUCCGUCUGUUGAUAUAAUUUUUAAAUAUUAAAUGAUUGAUAAUAUGAUCAGUUACUCAGUACUUGAGUACUUUCACCAUUUUUUAUUUUUUUUUUACCCUUUAAGAAUUUGUUUGGAAAGCUACUUUUCACUUUUACCCGAGUAAAAAUACGAAGCAGCGCUUCUCUUACUUGAGUAUAAUUUUUGGCUACUCUACCCACCUGUGCCCAGGAAGCAUUAUUAUUCGUGGUUUGUAGUUUGUUAUUUUGGGGACAACUUUUAGCCGACUCCAUCUGCCGCUCCACCGUCUGGAUAAGAUGCUAACGCUAUCACCACGGCUGGAUUACGAAUAUCUCAUUUAACUGUUUACAUCCGUAACUGCCAUGAUUUUUAAUUACUUAUCGCGUGAACUAGCGUAUUCACGCGUGAUUUUGACAUUAGUGGAACGUAGACAAAGAUUUGCGCUCAUUUGUAAUGGAAACGCAGCUAAUAAAUGUGAUAAAUGUUAAGGUGGAAACAAAAUGCAUCGUUGCCUUGUUUAGUGACACUUAGAAACGACUGAUGUUUAGUAAUUGUUCGAUUCAAUAUAUUUAAUAAUUAAGUAAAGGCUCGAGUUUUGACUGUUUUUUUCCUUUGUUCACAUCAAUGUUGAUUACAGUUGUGAUGAAUCUGGGUUCUACCAGUGGUCUAGUGGUUUGUAGCUGAUUAAAGAAGUUAACAAUUUUCAAGAUCAAGGUAUCUAAUGUCAGUUUAUAAAAAUAUAAAAUGAGAAUCUGGAGACAGAUUAAAGUUAAGUAUUUAUGCUGCAACAGUCAACAAGAAGAAAUCCUUGAUGGUUGCUGCAGUUACG